AUGGCGGGUAAUAAGUCCGCUGAUGCCACCUUUCCGCCCAGAGGGUGGGAGGAGACGGGAAAGGCUCGGGACGAGGUCUUUGCUAAGAGGGCCAAGCGACCCCCAAGGGGGAGCGAACUUGCCCGCGACGAGGGAGAGGCUCGGAAUCCCGAGCACCCUCCCUUGAGGAAAAGAAAGCAGGAUGCCCUCGAAGACGAGAGCAGGCGAUCCAGUGCCUCCGGUCCUUCUUACCGCCGCGACCGCGGCGAGGAGGAGAUCGGGGAGGGGGAUGCCUCUAUGCUCGGCGAUGGCCCUGCGGCAUCUUUACCGGAUACCGAAGGAAAGCGGGACUUCGUCCUUUCGGGAUCCGAAGGCAUCAUGGCAGUGGGAAGCUGGGCGGCGAGGGUCGAGGCCGCCAGCCUGCUGAAAGCCCGCUGCCAGCCAGAUGAGUAUAUCCGUCUGGUGGAAACGGGGGACGAGGCCUUGGGCACCAAGGUUACCGACUUCCUCCUGCUCCUUAAGAAAGGGAAGGAAGGAGACCAAGUUGACUGGAACUUGGCUCCACUCCCUGCCUUCCAUAAAGGAAGAGUUCCUUCCCCUGGCCGGGACCGAGGUCUGAAGGACACUGGAGAUAGCCUGGUGGAGAGCAUGUCAGCCUCCGUGACCGGGAGAAGGGUUCUCCAGGACCUUAGGAUCCCAGCCGAGCCCAUUGAUCCUCCGAAGCCGUCCCGGAGAGAGAUGGGAGAAGAGGGGGUCAAAAGAGAGCUCUUUGACGACGAGGUUGAAAAGGUCGCCGAGGGAGGACUGUCUGCCCGAGUCCGGGGCGGGAUCCCCUCGGUGGUCGAAGGCAGCAUAGGGGAGAAGGAGGAGAAAGGCAUCUUGCGCUUUAUGCAGGGUUACUUCAGCGAGCUGUUCGAGGCCGGAGUUGAGAUGGACCCGGUAAAGGUGGUUGGCAAACCGGGCGAGCUGGACGAAACCCGCUUUCGGGUGCACGUCUCCCCGAGCAAGGCCGCCACGGGUCUGAGGUACUCGAACCUGAUGGGGGAGCUCCUCGUCUGGGCGAAGAAGUCCGCAUCGAAAGACCUGGAAGGUGGCUUCAUGAGCUACUACUCUGUGGUCGUGUAUGUGGAGACCUUGGUCCAAAAGGGUGCCGGGUUCUACACGCCGAUCUCCCUGCUCUACGCAGUUGAUUUCUUUGCGAAAGCCUUCAGGUUUGACAUUGAUGCAAAGGCGUGGAGCAGGUCGAAGAGGCUCGCACUCCGGUACAAGGGCCAGAAGGGCGAGCGGCGUCCUGCCAGGAGCUUCCCAGGAGAGACCUUGCGUGCCCUGGAGAAGAUGGUGAAGGAUGACAUGCUGAAGAAGCCCCUCAGAGUGAGACUUUGGAUUGCUAGCACAAAAGGAGCCUCUGAGGUGGAUGACCACUCUGGCAAGUCGGCUUCAAAGGACAUGGAGAACUGGACGAACAUGCCCGCCACCAUUGGAGAUCCAGAGCCUGAGGUGGCACAGUGCAAAGGCCACUCUGACGCCGGCGAUUGGGGGUCGAAGGAGGAGUCCAUGGCCGACACCUACAUGAGGGAAGCUCAGUUGGUGUUGAAGGCGCAGGAGAUGUGUUUGCACACCCUGCGCUCUGGCACUGUCCCCGCCGUAGAAUCGAGCCAUGGAGCGGUGGAUGGCGGCCGGCUGCGGCUGGAAGCCAAGCUGGCCGGGUUCGACCCCAGCCUCUUCGAGGAGUCUGCCCUUGGCCUGUGCAGCGAGUUCUUGGCACAGGAGUUCCAGGGUGCCAGUCGCGACCCGAGCAGGUUGAGAGGAACGACUCUGCCGAGCUCGACAAGGGUGGAGAGCCCUGAGGAUGAGAACAGGGUGGAGAACCGACGGCCCGUGCCCCCGGAUGUGCCAGUACCGCAUCAGCGCCGGCGGAGUCUUCCGGAGAUGCGAGUCGGAAGGCAUGAACCUGGCGCCGAUCCUCUUGCGAUGUCUACGCUUGGGAGCCAGCCAGUGGCCUUUAAAAAGGCUGCUGUGAGGUUUGGCGUGGCGGAGAGUGACUACCUGCUCUUGAAAAGCAUGAGGAUAGCCACCUUUGAACAGUUGGCAUACCGCAUAACCAAGGCGGACGACCUGGAAGGAUUCCUCCGGGAAAGUGUUCUGCCAAGGGCAGCUUUCCUGGAAGACGACGGCGAGGUCGUCGUUUUCUGGAGGUCUCCUGCGGAAUCGUGGGAGGAGUUCCGCCUCAGCGAGGACGCCGCCGCGGUGAGGAAGCUGUGGGCGAUCGCCCGCGAGGUGGCAAAGUCCGAGAUUGAAGGGCUCGCCGCCUCGCCGGACAAGCCAAAGGCGAAGGUGGACCUCAGCUCACCUCGGCUGUGGCGAUGGAGAAAAGCGCGGUCGGGUGUCGAAGGUCCUGGUUCCGCCUGGGGCGUCCUACGAGCACCUGGCCUGGGAGAACUACAUCAGCAUGGAGGACGCAUCCUUGCACGUUCCGGGAAGUGGCCGAAGGGCAAGCCGGAGACCACGGUCGAAGGUGACCAGUUGAAGGUGAAGGACUCUGAGACGGUUCCCCCGCCUGGGGAGAAGGUGGCCGAUCUUGAGAUGAUGCGGAAGAGCCUGGACCUCCGCGGGCGUUUCUUUGCCAUGGUGGGAGUGGCAGGUUUUGAAACCUACCGUGCCCUCACCGACAAGUAUGUAGGUAAAAUGAGGGCCGUGGUCCCAGUGGGCAUGAGGAACCCGACCUUGAGUGAGGUUAGGCGGUUCGACCGUGCCCUCCACGAGGAAAUUUUAAAGUGGCUGUCCCGCAGUGUCGGCAGCUUGGAUACGGCCAUCCGAUAUCACCUGGAUGAUGAUACGAUCGCCUUGUGGCGAUUGCUGGACCCUGUUGGAGUCGAGGAAGCCAAGGACCCUGGCGAUCCGCCGAAGGCCCUGAAGAAGGAGAAGAAGAAGGAGGCGAAGGAGAAAGCCGCCGCUAAGAGAGAGGCCGCCAAAAAGGCAGGGGCCCAGAAGGCGGACAAGUAG